AUGUCCUCCAACGUCGGCCUCUCCACCCCGCGAGGCAGCGGCACCUCGGGCUACGUGCAACGCAACUUCGCAUUCAUGAAACCCCGCAACGCCGGAUACGGCGCGCCGUACCCUCCCAUCAGCGGCUCGAACUCCGCCGACCCCUCCGACAAGCCCUUCAAGCAGCGACAACCCGACAAGCAGAUCCUGGAGCACGAUCGCCGGCGCGCAAUCGAAGUGAAAGUCAUGGAGGAGCGGGAGAGAUUGGAGGAGGAGAAUGAGAGGAUUGAGGAGGAACUUGAGUCGAAGCAGAAGAAGAACAAGAAGAAGGGUGGUGAUGAUGAUGAUGUGAAGAAGGAAGAAGGGGAAGAGGAAGAGGAGGGUGAGAGGGUGUUGACGGAGGAGGAGAUUGAGGAGAGGUGUGAGGCGUUGAGGAAGAGGUUGGUGAAGGAGAUGGAGGAGGAGGAUAAGGAGAGGGAACGCGGAGGAGGUGGGAAUGGGGGAGGGAGACGCGGACGCAGGGCGUGGGAUUUGCCGCCGAAGGAGAGACGCCAGUUUAAGAGUUAUCAGGUGCAUGAGUUGGCGGAGGCGAAGAUUGAGGAGAGUGAGAGGUUGAGGAGGGCGUUGGGGAUUAAGGAGGAGAAAUAG